AUGAGACAAAGAAAAUCUCAUCUUUUAUCAAAAUCAAUCGAUAAUCAUAGAUUAGAACGGAUUGAUAUAAGUCAUAUACCAAAAGUUAUUGAAGAAUUUUAUAUGAAUGCAAAUACAAAAUCUAAACAGAUCUGUUUUAAUGAUAUUGAUAAUAUAAAAGAAGAAGAAGAAGAAGAAGAAGAAAAAUGUGUACAGACCACCACUUCUCCUGAUGAAUCUUCAUCUGUAUAUGAUCCAUGUGUAUGGGAUGUAUUGCAAGCAAUAUUAAAUGAAACUAUUGAUGGUCAAACAUAUGAAUAUUCAUCAAGAAUUGAUUCUUCAUUAUCAAUUGAGAAUGAUAAAAUAACAAGAGUAAUACAAAAUCAAGAAUCUAAUGUACUUGAUACAAUUGAUAUUUUAUUAAAUGCAUUGAACACACCAAAUUAUUCAAUAGAACCCAAUAAGACAAAUAAUAAUGGUCUUGCAGUUCUUGUUGCUGCAGCUGAUUCAUGUUCGAAGGAUGAAAAUUCUUCGUUAGUAACGAAACAAAAUCCGACUUCAUUAACAAAUUCUCUCUCACUUUUAAUUGAUCUUUCACAAUUUCGUUUAUCUCAUGCAGCACUUAUUCAUAUACGUUCUAAACAUGUAAUUUAUAUUCGUAAACAAGUUAUUUGGUUUGGCUCAUCAAUAUCAAAUGAUAUAUGUUUAAAAAAUUUUAAUAAUCAACAAACAUGUCAAUAUGUUACGGAAAAACAUGCAUGCUUAUAUUAUGAUCGUAAACGAAAUUUAUUUGAAUUAUUAAAUUAUAGUGAAUAUGGUACAAUUGUAAAUGGUUUUCGAUAUGGUUUAGGAAAUAUAUCGGAUGAUGAAAGUGGUGAUGAUGAUGAUGAUGGAAAUGAUGAAAAGAAAAAUGAGAAUGAAAAUUUACAAAAAUGUUUUUGUUUAACAAUACCAUCAUAUCAUUCAGCAUGGGAUGGACCUGCCCAACUAGAACAAGGAACAGUAGUCCAAAUUGGUUGUCAUGAAUUUCUCUUUUACCGGCAUGUUGUCCGAUAG